ACGUAGAAUUUAUUUUAAAAGCUGUAGACUUUUGUUCCGAAAAAUGUUUCCUAAAUAUGGUAAUCCGAAAGGUUUUUUGGUACGGGUUCCCUGUGGUAAGAGUCGAGGAGGGAUUUUCAAAAUGGCGUCCAAAAGAAAGAAGAAACGAAAACCAAGCGAGUUGAUGGAGAGGUUUAAACCUCCUUUAAUGUUCGUAGAAAGUCCAAUUCAAGGUUCAAAACAUUAUUGUACACCCGUGCAAGCUGCUAGAAACCCGUAUAUGGCGCCGUCCAUUCCUGUAGACAAUUUAACAGCUAAAUGGGUAUCUCCUCAAUUUACUUUACAUGAAAAUUCCCCAAUAUUCCAAGAAACAAGAAGACGACGAAGAAAAUGUAAAAAAAAUUCCGAAGACGAAAGGCAAACACAACGAAAUGCGAAAAUGACAAUUGCAUCUCUGGAUUUUGAAAACAAAGCGAAAAGUGCUCGCAAAAAAACUAGAAUAAAAACUACGUUAAGACGGUCCACGAGGAUAAAAGCAAAGGAACUGGACAAGUAUGAACAUUUUCUGUUUGGGGAAGGGACUUCAGUGACUCCAAAUGUGAGAAAGAUGAAAGUCUUGGCUCCAGAAACUCCUGAAUGUCACGUUACGAUGAUCCCAGUUGUUCUCAGAAAAUUAAGGCUAGGACAUGAUAAAAAUGAAAAAUUCAAGGUACAAGAGAGAUAAAUGGAUAGAAAAAUGUAAGUUAUUUAUAGUUGAACUUGAUUCUGCUGCAAUAGAUAAUUAUUAAGUUAUUAGAUUCUAGUUAAAAUUUAUGUGAUAAUAAUGAAUCAAGUUGAUUGGGUGUCAAGUUUUUCGGAGUAACUAGCAAAUACCCUGCACUUCAAACCAUUCCUUUAAAUGUUUGGAUACGCAGAUACGCAGUAAAGAACACCACCCCUCCCCCUGUAGAUAUGAAUGCAUAUGCGGAAUAUUAACUUUUAAAGAAUGAGGCAUAUUUUGGAGUGGAUACGCGGAUACACAGUGAAGAAGCCCACCCCUCCCCCUAUAGAUAUGAAGGUUUAUGUUGAAGUGGAUACGUGGAUGCGCAGAUACACAGUAAAGAAGACCACCCCUCCUCCUAUAGAUAUGAAGGUUUAUGUUGGAGUGGAUACUUGGAUAUGCAGUGAAGAAGACCGUCCCUCCCCCUAUAGAUAUGAAAGUAUAUGUUGAAGCGGAUACACGGGUACGCAGUGAAGACUGAGACCACCCCUCCCCUAUAGAUAUGAAUGGUCUUCUUCACUGCAUAUCCGGGUAUCCAGACAUUUAAAGGAAUGGUUUGAAGUGCAGGUUAUUCGAUAAUUGUACCAGUUUUUCUUAAUCCAUGCCAUCGAUUUAUUGUACACACUGGUGGCUGUUGAAUCAAUUAAUUUCAUGCAUUUUUGGGGUUUGGGUUAGGGUUAGGGUUUGGAUUAGGGUUUCAGGAGGUUAUAAUCAAUAAUCAAUAAUCAAUAAUAAAUAAUCCAAUAAUGCCAUUUCAUGUAGUCUCACAUGAAGUACUAACUGGCCAUAUUUUCACAGGGCCGUAACCAGAACUUUUACAGGGAGGGUGCACAUCGAAUAAAAUCAGACCAUUGAUCAGUUUUUAUUACCAACUCAGUGGCGUAAGCAGGGAUCUUGCAGGGAGGUGCACACGCAAUAAUUUGCAGAACCAAAAAAAAUAAAUGUAAUCAAAAAAAUGCAGAACCAAAAAAAAGAAAGAAAAAAAAGAAAAAAAUAAAGAAAAAGGAGAUAGAUGAGCGGACCUUAACCUUUUAUAGGGGGGUGCAUGUGCACCCUGUACUCCCCCCUGGUUACGGCCCUGUGUCAUGCUACACAAUUACUUUAGUAUUAAGCGCUACUUUUUAGCUAGUUAUAUCUUCUUAGUAUUAAGCAGGCAUCCCAGACCUCCUAUAUAUCCUAUAUUUCCUAUAAUUUGUAUAGGAUCCUAUAAAGAACCUAUAUUUAAAGAAAACCUCCUAUAUUUCCAUAUUUUUACACUGUUUAGCAUAUUUGGCGAAGGAAAUAAAAUAGCCCCUUUUUUUUUUGUUUCUGUUUUUUUAUGGCCGAUCCCUGGUUAUGGCACCGAAAAGCUAUUGUAGCUCCUAUAAAGUGCAUAUAUUUUUGGGAAAAAAUCCUAUAUUUUCCUAUAUUUAGAACUUGCACAGCCUAUAUUUCCUAUCAAAUUUGUCUAAAAAGUGGCUGAGAUGCCUGUAUUAAGUCAUUUUCAUUUCAUUGAUUCUUCUGGAAUAUGGGGGUAUUUCCUAUAUCAAUGACACAUCUAGAAAAAUGUUGAUUAUAAAAGUUUAAUAAACCGUGCUUACAAUUAUAUUAUUAAUUAAUUGGUCAUUGCAAUUAAUUUAAAUUGCACGAAUUCAGAAAAAUAAUCUCAGUAAAAGAAUUUUUGUUUUAUUGAUGCAUGAUCAGCUAAUUACUUUCUAAAAAGUAUUUUCAGUACUAAAAUCUUUGGCAAAUGUUGCAUAUAUUUAUAGGAAAAAGGGAAUUUUCUUUAUAGCUUGAAAAGGUGUUUCCCACCAUGAUUUGAGGAUUUUUGCUUUGAUUAUAUCCAUUGAAAUAACAUUGACAAUAAAUUCCAAUUUCAACUUUGAGUAAAAAGCCUCAGCCAGAAGAUUGUUUGAGGGAAUGUUUAUACAGGAAACAUCUUUUCUCUCUUAUGGGAGUUAAAAAUAAAUUGAAAAUAAAGUAUUUAGAUAGGAUGUAGAGAAUCAGCAUACUCUGUAUAUGAUAUAUAUGAUUACUAUAUUAUGUAUACACUCUACCAUAGGGAAAAAAUUAGGUUUCACAAAAAAUAUUUUACUGUACUUUUUCUUGAUUUUUUCAUUUACUUGUAUUUUUAUCAUACUCUCUUGGCCACAGAUAUGCAAUAAAAAAAUUUCAAUGAAUGUUUUCUUUUUUCAAAAUUUAAUUAAGUCAUACACUUUUAUUUUAACUGGGCUACUUAUGACACAAAAUAGGAAACUUUAAAUCCUAUUACUUUGAUUGAUUGAUUAUUCAGUUGAUUGAUUGAUAGACUGACUGACUG